AAAGCGCUGUACAAGUACAGUCCAUUUACCAUUUACAUGACGGCCGGACAUCAUCCCGCCGGUCGAGGUGGCCAAACUCAUCUAGAAAGGUUUUAAAAGAAACAGCAGUACAGACUCUGCAUGAUCCUCUGGCUUACACAUGGCCCGCCGGUGCUCUUGCCCCCCCGGUGAGAAUGACUUACAUGGAUCCCACGCCAGUGGGAGCUUACACCCUCAGUGCAGAAAUGGUGGAAGCCCUGGUGUCAGUACCUCCAACCGAGCUGUUUUUGCACUCAAUGAAAUGCUGAAACAGCAACUUGCCAUGACCAGGCGGCUCAUGGAAAGCAGGCAUCCCCUUCACUCCAGCUUGGUGCAGAGCCUGGGACCAGCGAACUACAGAUACACCACGCUGGAGGACACCAAGGAGUACAUUCGCAUACACAGACGUCCCAAAUUGAAAAUGGAGGAAGCCUUAGAAGAGCUGCUGCAGGAGAUGAGAGACCACCGUCCCCUGUGAGGGUGCUGAAGGGACUCCUGAGCAGCUGACGUGGAUUUGUCAUGUCCUUUUUAUGUUAAGAGGUUUUUAUUAAUAAUUAAAUACUGUUUUUCUAACAUGGAA